AUGGCCGAAGUAGCAAUUGGUAUAGACUUAGGAACCGUGCAUUCGCGCGUUGCCAUCUACGAAAAUGAUCAAGUGAAAAUUAUUCCGGAUGAAAAUGGACAUCGAUCAACAUCCUCAUGCGUUGCAUUCACUGACAACGGAUGUAUAGUUAGUGAUGCAGUCAAAACUCUAUCAUGGAUUGAGCCGAAAAAUACGAUUUUCUAUGUCAAACGAUUAAUAGGAAGAGAAUUUAAUGACCCAAGUAUAGAGGCUUACAAAAAGACUUGGCCAUUUGACAUUGUUAAAUAUGAAGAUAGAUUAAAAAUACAGGUGCGAUUCAAAAACGAAAUCAAAAUAUUUUCACCCGAAGAGAUUUCCUCAAUGAUACUCAGAAAGAUGAAAGAAAAUGCAGAGAAAUAUCUUGGAAGGGAAAUUUCUCAAGCUGUUCUUACCGUUCCGGUAUCUUUCACUGAUACUCAACGGCGUGCAACUCGAGAUGCUGGAAUUAUCGCUGGUCUUAGUGUAUUACGUGUCAUGCAUGAAACAUCAGCUGCUGCUCUGGCAUACAAUUCCUACAACACCGAGUCUGAUGAAAAGAAUAUUCUUGUUUUCGAUCUCGGCGGUGGCGCAUUAAAUGUAUCAAUCUUUACUCCCAACUGUGGAUUUAUUGAGGUGAAAUCGGUAGCAGGUGAUUCUCAUUUAGGUGGAGAAGAUUUCACGGAUCGAAUGAUGAGACUUUGUAUUGAAGAGUUUCGCAUAAAAAAUAAUGUCGAUGUAUCAAAUGACAAGCGUGCCCUUAGUCGUUUACGACUAGCUUGUGAAAAUGCUAAACGUACGUUAUCAACUUUUGCAAUGGCUUCCAUUGAAAUCGAUGCUCUGUAUAAUGACAUCGAUUUCAGUAUAAAUGUAUCUCGCACUCGCUUCGAAGAAAUUAAUGCUGAUCUAUUUCGUUCAACACUUGUAACAGUUGAGAAAGCGUUGCAUGAUGCCAAAGUGGACAAAGUACAAAUUCACGAAAUAGUUCUCGUUGGUGCUUCAACGCAAAUACCGAGAAUUCAAAAACUACUCAGCGACUUUUUUAAUGGAAAACAACUCAAUCAAUCAGUUAAUCCGGAUGAAGCUGUUGUUUGUGGUGCUGCUAUAGAAGCCGCUAUUCUGACGAGCAAUGAAUCGGAAAAAAUCCAGAAUUCAUUAGUACUGGACGUUGCACCGCAUCCAUUGGGUAUUGAAACAGCUAACGGUCUUAUGGAAAUAAUGGUUAAACGCUGCACAACAAUUCCAACAAAAUCAACACAACAGUUUUCAACAACUGAAGACAAUCAGAUGACAUUUGAUGUGAAAGUUUUCGAAGGUGAACAUCCUAUGGCAAGAGAUAAUCGUUUUCUUGGAAGUUUUCAACUUUCGGAUAUUCCACCAGCACCUCGUGGUGAACCACAAAUAGAAGUAACAUUUGAUAUUAACGGCGGUGGUCUGUUGGUAGUAUCAGCGGUGGAUAAAGUCUCUGGAAAUCAAAAUCAAUUGGAUUUCAAUAGUAAUCACGCGAACUUAUCCCGAGAUGAAAUUGAACGUAUGUUUUGCGAAAAUAUAAAAUAUAAAAUAGAUAGUGAAAUACCAUCAAUGGACAAUCGCCGUCUCGAGCAAUUUACAGUAGAUGAUGUCGCCAGGUUUAUCAUAGGCAUCGAUCCAUCAUUCGAUGGGAUUGCAUGUCGUUUUCUUCGAGAAAAAAUCGAUGGAAAGGCGCUUAUUCUUUUAACACGCGACAUUCUAGUGAAAGAAAUGGGUUUUAAAAUUGGUCCAGCGCUUAAAAUACUCAAUCACAUUCAAAAUCGUCAAUAA